CUAUCUUCACGUUUGCUGAUGGUUGGUUGCUAGUUAUGUAAGGAGAAGGGCGAAGUGUGGUCGGAAGCGUGGAAAAACACGUGCAUUAUUUGUUUGGUCUCAAGUUAACGGUUUAUUUACGAAUAAAUCUGCACGUGCAUUCAUUCUACUGAACCAGACAGUUUGAUUUGUCAAGAAAAUUGGUAAACUGAGUUACGGUAGCAGGAUUCCUCGACGUCAGCUGAUUCCUCGAUUGCACUGCAGACAUCGACAAGAUUAAGAAGUAAUAACUUGAACAGUAACAGAGAGGAAUAUUAUCAGCUUUUAGCAACAUCAUCAUGUCAGCAGUUGAAGUACUAAAAUCUAGUGAGAAUAACAAUAGUACUAAUUCCCCGAUAAAACCUGGAGAUGAGGCCAUUCAACCAUCAGAAGCAGCACACGAAGAUACAGAUUUGAACAUGUCGGAAGAUCCACAAAACAAAAUGGAGGACACAACAGAUUACAAACAAGAGGUGCUGGUAACCAAGGAGAUGUUAGAGGAAGAAAAAAGGCUGGAGGAAGAAGGAGAACGAAAAGAAAGAGAAAUGCAAGAACAGCAUGAUCAGUUAUGGAAACAGAUGUCCGAUGAUGAACAUGCGGAGAAAUAUCGUAAAUUACAAUAUCUACUCACCAAGAGUAACAUGUACACAGAAUAUCUCAUCAGUCGAAUGAAAAAACAAAGAGAAGAGAAACAGUUGAGAGAAGAAAAGAAAUUAAAGCGAUUGGCUAGUAAAAAACAACAAGAAGAAACUACAAAAGCUAAGGAAUCCACAGAACAGAAAGACAAUGAGUCAGCCGAAAAGGAAAAUAGAAUUAAAACCGUGCCUGAAGAAAAAAUUCCAUCUUCUCCUCGUCGUACUAGAACACCAAAAGUUAAUUCUGAUUUUGAAUACAGUCAGGAAUCUACCACCAGUAGACGUUCAGGAAGAAAUAAACCAGCAACACCUGGUACACCCAAUUCUAUCUCAACUCGUUUAAAGAAAAACACCACAAUAGAUUCAUAUUUUACCUCAAGUCAGGAGUCAAAUAGUCAAAAAUCAGGAACAUCAGGACAAAAAGGCAGGAAACGUAAAUCGGAACCGAUAGAAGAAGAAGCAGUAAAUAUGGAAGUUUUCAAUAGUCAGGAAUCUCAGAAUUCUUUAUCUUCUAAUAGAUCUCAGCGUGGUAAGAAGAAAGUGAAAACAGAAAAACUCACAGAAGUCUCUAAAGUAGAAGAGAUGGCAGAAAAUAAAAUAGAAAUAAACAAUAAUGUUGCUGACAAGAGUAAGGAAAAUAAUGAAGGAACCACAGUAAAGAAGAAAAAGAACACAGAAACUAAGGAUGAACCCACAGAAAAGAAGGAAACUGAGGAUGAAACUAAGGAUGAGUUGACAGAAAAGAUGGAAGGGGAUGAAAAACGUAUUAUAAAUGGUCAAGAAGUUCCCGAGUUACAACCUGUGUUAUUUACUGGCGGUGUUUUACGAGAUUAUCAAGCUGCUGGAUUUGAUUGGCUGCAGGUAUUAUAUGAGAAUGGUAUAAAUGGUAUUUUAGCAGAUGAAAUGGGUUUAGGUAAAACUGUACAGUGUGUUGCCAUGGUAGCACAUUUAGUAAAUAUGAACGUCAUUGGUCCGUUCCUGAUCGUUGGACCCCUUUCAACUCUACCUAACUGGCUGUCAGAAUUUAAAAGAUUUACUCCAAAGAUACCGGUUAUGUUAUAUCACGGUACGAAGCAAGAACGGAGCGACAUGAGAAAUAAGAUAAGACGUAAGGUGAAGGUCAGCGAGGGUAUCGAAGUACGACCUGUCAUUAUAACAUCGUAUGAGAUGGCUAUGAUUGACAAGAGAUUUUUAGCCAAUCAUGAAUGGAGAUAUCUGAUAGUUGAUGAAGGACAUCGGAUUAAAAAUAACCAAUGCAGAUUAGUCAAAGAACUGAAAACCUAUGAUUCUACACAUCGAUUAUUGCUAACAGGAACUCCAUUACAGAAUAAUUUAGCAGAGUUAUGGUCCUUGCUGAACUUUCUUUUGCCAGAAAUCUUUGAUGAUUUAGGAAGUUUCGAGUCGUGGUUUGAUAUACAGAAUAUUAGUGAUGAAGCAGCCAACGAGAAGAUUGUAGCUGACGAGAAACAGAAUAAUAUAUUAUCAAUGUUACAUCAGAUUUUACGUCCCUUCAUGUUGCGAAGAUUAAAAACGGACGUUGAUCUGUGUAUUCCACCGAAGAAAGAAAUCCUGGUUUAUGCGCCGAUGGCUGAACUACAACAAGAACUAUAUAAAUAUACAGUAGAUAGAACUAUACUAGAAAAAAUAGAAGAAAAAAAUUAUGGUGUAGAGGAGAUAGAAUAUUCUGAACAUGGUCGACCAAAGAGAAAGAGUUGUGGUAAAGUCAACUAUGAGUUGAUGUUUGAACAGAAGGAUGAAUCCGCUGGUGUUGAUGGAUUACCUGGUAAAAGAAAACGAGGUAGAGAAUUAGAAAAGGAAGAAGAAGAUUUGGAGGCCUGGAUUACAGCCAUCAGUGAAAUGAACAAUAAAUCUACGGGUAAAACUAGGGAGAAGAAAUCUCAGGUAACGGUUCGUCUACAGAACAUAAUGAUGCAGCUACGUAAAUGUGUUAAUCAUCCAUAUCUAUUGGAACAUCCGAUUGAUCCGGAAACUGGGUAUCUAAAAACGGACGAGACUACUGUCACAACAUCCGGUAAAAUGAUGGUGCUGGAUAAAAUGUUACCAGAACUUAAAAAGAGGGGUCAUAAGGUGUUAAUAUUUAGUCAGAUGACUCGUAUGAUGGAUUUAUUAGAAGAUUAUUGUGAAUUACGAGAUUAUAAUUAUUGUAGACUCGAUGGAUCUUGUUCUAUACAAAAUAGAAGAGAACAGAUGGAGUUAUUUAAUGAUAAAGAUGGUGAUAUGUUUUUAUUUUUAUUGAGUACAAGAGCUGGUGGAUUAGGUAUAAAUCUUGUAGGAGCUGAUACCUGUAUUAUAUAUGAUAGUGAUUGGAAUCCACAGUGUGAUUUACAGGCCCAGGAUAGAUGUCAUAGGAUCGGACAAACUCGUCCGGUGGUUGUUUAUAGGUUUGUGACAGCUAAUACCAUCGACCAGAAAAUAGUAGAAAGGGCGGGAGCUAAACGAAAACUAGAAAAAAUGGUCAUACAGAAAGGUAAAUUUAAGAAUGGUAUAACAGCAUUUACAACCGAUGUAAAACCAAUCAGUCCAGAAGAAUUAUUGGAACUGUUAAAAUCUCAGGAUCAUUCUUCUAUCAUGAGUGGGAAAGAAGGCUCUCAGAUAGACCAGUCAGAUUUAGAUGUACUAUUAGAUAGAUCCGAUCUUUAUGAAAAAUGGGAGGCGAAAAAACAAAAUAACGGUAAAAAGAAGACAACGAAAUCAAAGAAAAAGCAAACCAAGAAAGAAGUGGAAGGAAAAUUCUUCAAAGUUGUAGAUAUUUAUGAUGAUGAUGACGACAGCCGUUCAAGUACGGGAUCUGGAACUUCUAAGAAACAAUGUUAAUACUUUUAUUACCAUGAGUAAAAUACAAAACAGUGCUAAAUACAAAAUAGGAUUUGUAUACUAGAGGCAGAUAGUGUAGACAUUUGUUAAGAUUUUUUAUUUUAUCAAACAUUUUUAGAAGACUGACUUUUUUCUUUUUUUAAGAGAAUAACAGAAGUUUUCAAAGGAUAAAUGUGGAUAUGACUAAUAUGGUCGUUCUAGUUCAUGACAAAAUGGUGUGAUGAUACAUAGAACCAAAAUAAAACAGUGCUAUCUAGACAGGAAUUGAGAGAUAAUACUCUCCAAUUUAAAGUAGUUGUAUACAUUGAUGUCGACCGCGUCCAAUAAGUUAUCUCUCUUUGUUACAAAAUCUUAUUUUAUGGGGUUAACUGUUACCUGAUAACUGAUGGGUAUGCGUAGUGUUGCCUGGCAACGUAUGUUUUUGAUAUAUGUUUUGUUAAUGUAAGAUUAUGCAUAUGUAAAUACAGAUAGUUUGAAAACCUUGCCAAGUACAGUAUUGUGAAUGUUGAAUCUCUAAAUUCCAAUUAAAACCGAGCGGAGAGAUUAUCUUCAAUGUAUGUUUUCGUUUCUUGAUAAUCGAUCCGAGUACAUUUAGCAUGAAAAUUUGAUAUUUUCUGAAAAAUGGGAAUUAUAAUCAGACACUUUAAAUCAUAGGUAAUAUAGAAUUGUCUGAGUAUAUAUAUAUUAAAUCUUUACUUCAUAAGGCCAUACAAGAAAAAUAUUCUGGUUUUCAGACAGUCCUUAACAAAAAUCUGAUGAGGGAGGUUUUUUUUGUGUUUUUAUUUUGUAAAAGUAUCACUACUUGGUUAAAUGACUUCUAUAUGCAUCAAAUUGUUGUUUAUAGGAAUGUAUGAUUAUCCAGUAUCAUUUAUGAUUGUCAUCGACAUUUAUUUGGUGACUUGUGUCCUGGAUAAAUGAGCCUAUGGAUUCAUUCAAUUUUUAUAGGAAUGUAUGAUUAUCCAGUAUCAUUUAUCUCAUUUUGUUUAUAGGAAUGUAUGAUUAUCCAGUAUCAUUUAUCUCAUGUUGUAUAUAGGAAUGUAUGAUUAUCCAGUAUCAUUUAUCUCAUGUUGUAUAUUGGAAUGUAUAAUUAUCCAGUAUCACUUAUCUCAUGUUGUUUAUAGGAAUGUAGGAUUAUCCAGUAUCAUUUAUCUCAUCAUGUUGUUUAUAGGAAUGUAGGAUUAUCCAGUAUCAUUUAUAAUUGUCAUUAACAUUUAUUAGGGUUGUGUACCUGAUAAAUGAGCCUAUGUCAACAUUUCUGGAUUCAUUAAAAAAUUUGUGCGGUAAUUAUAAGAAGACUGUCGAGAGUCCCUUUUUGAGUGACGGUUGUACGUGACAAGGAGUAGGGUUGCCUGUCCAACCUCGUGGGUUUUCUCCUGCUGCUAUAGACCCCUAUGCGCAAAUGAAUUAUUGAAAUAAAAUUGAACCAUAUGUUAGUCCCGAAAUUACCUAGUUUAAGUGAUAUAGGAUUAUCUGAGACUGAGAACCACAAUAUUUUUUUGAUAUGACCUAACUGAUCAAGCUGUGCCAUUGAAAGAUUAAGAGAUGUAUCUAUAUAAAACUUGUCUACAAGAAGAUUAAGAUUAUAUAAUAUGUAUGGAUGACAUUUUAUAAAUUGUUUUCUCUUUAAAUAUACAUUAAUAAAUUCUGUUAAAUCUUA